GGCAUGUUCAUACGAUUCUUUCCAAGUAGAUGCCGUGCGGUGUCCAGCUAGAGCAUGGCAAGUCCCGAUAAUUGCAAAUCAGAUCAUAUAAGACGGAAGGAACGUAAGUGCAUAGAGCGAGUGCAAUUCAGACGAGGGCGGACCAAUUCUGCGCAGGCCGAGCACAAUGACGAUCAAGUGGCUCAGCAGAAUUUGGAGACGCAAAUCAGCCGAGCAUAAACGAAAGGGCCCGCAGCUUGCGCGUCAUCUGACGGCAAUCAAUUUGGUCCCGAUUGGUGUGGGAUCGACAAUUGGUGCCGGUGUUUAUGUCCUUGUAGGAACGGUAGCGAGGGAGCAAGUAGGACCAGCUCUUCCUUAUUCGUUUCUAAUUGCUGGAAUUGCCGCUGCCCUCUCAGCCCUUUGCUACGCAGAGCUCGCAAGCAGGUGUCCUUCUGCUGGCAGCGCAUAUCACUACGCAUACACUUGUGUGGGGGAAGGGUUGGCAUGGAUCAUUGGUUGGGCAUUAAUCCUGGAGAAUACUAUCGGAGGAUCCGCAGUCGCACGAGGGAUCGCUCCAAACCUUGCAAUUUUAUGCGGUGGGGCAGAAAAUUUACCAGCUUGGCUAUUAAGAAGAGAGGUUUCUGGAAUUGUGAUUGAUCCUUGUGCCGGUCUUCUGGUUCUGAUAGCCGCUGCUCUUUUGUGCACGGGCAUCAGGGAAAGUGCUCGUAUGCAGGCAAUCAUGACAGUAGUUAAUGUUUCGGUUUUGCUCUUCGUGGUCGCGGCAGGUAGCUUCAUUGGUUUCAAAUCUGGCUGGCAAGGAUAUCACAGUCGCGAUGGCUACCUUCCUUACGGAUUGAGUGGGGUGAUAAGAGGAGCGGGAACUCUGUUUUUUGCCUUUAUAGGGUUCGAUACUGUAGCCAGCACUGCCGAGGAGGUCAAAGAUCCCCGACGCGAUCUGCCAAUAGGAAUAGCUCUAACCCUUCUCAUCACCAGUAUCGUGUACAUGCUGGUAUCAUCUGUCGUAGUGGGUAUUGUACCAUACUACCUGAUUGAUCCUGACACACCCAUGUCGACCAUCUUUGCCAGCAACGGUAUGCCCUGGGCCAUGUAUGUAGUGACAUGUGGUGCAGUAGCUGCCUUGUCCACAACUUUAUUGGGUUCUAUUCUUCCCCAGCCAAGAAUUUUAAUGUCUAUGGCCAGGGAUGGACUUCUGCCCGGGUUUUUCUCUCGAGUGAACAAGACAUCGAAAGUACCAGUAAAUGGGACUCUGGUCACGGGGUUGGCAGCGUCAGCUUUGGCCUUUACGAUGGAAGUGGAUGUGCUUGCUGGAAUGGUUAGCGUGGGUACACUGUUAUCUUUUACGAUUGUUGGAAUCUCAAUACUCGUAUUGAGAUACACACCACCCAUGGAGCCGCCGAUCAGUCUACAUUCUGCUACUCGUGUUCACAAACAUUCCAAUCAGCCACAGACUUCUGCAAACAAUGCACCAUCCACUGAAGUGACAUGUUCGCUCUUAGUUUAUUUGCCAAAAUGCUUGGAAAAUUACGACAGUGAUUCAGAUUCAAGUAGUGAGAGCAGCUCGGAAGAUAUUAUAGGAGUACCUUCUAAGGUGUACGAAGAGAACCAGCAACCCUUGUUGAAUUCAUCUCUUAAAAUUGUUGAUCUGGAAGAAACACUUACGGAGCAGUCGAGGCGGAGGACAGCUGCACUGAGCAUUGGAGCCGUCUGUGCCGGAGCGCUUUUCACGAGUGUGGCUGUGUCGUUCUCUUUUAAUAGUUAUCUUAAAUGGGGAAUGACUGGACUGGGUGCUUUAGCUUUCGUAGCUGGUUUCUUAGUGCUUAUUAUGAUUGACCAAGAUGAAGGUAGACACAAGUUUGGCUCUGCGGGGGGUUUUCAAUGUCCGUGGGUUCCUGCAGUACCGGUUCUUUCCCUUCUCGUAAACGCAUACCUGCUUGUUAAUCUCGGAGGUGGAACUUGGAUGAGAGUAUCUGUAUGGCUCACACUUGGAGUAAUUGUGUACGCAACUUAUGGCAUCCAUAAGAGCGUGCUGAACAAGGGUGAUGAAAAGGCAUCUUUGCAAUCUGAUCUUACAUAGCACUAUCACAUCACCUGUACAUCUGGUCACGAGAGCGAUUUUUCCUGCUUUGUAGGCAGGUUUCCGUGGAAUAUCAUGUAUCAUUUAUCUGCUGAGUACGAAGCUGCCCUACAUACUAAAGUGUAGGCAGAGACCUCUCUGGAUCUCUUGCGGAGUGUACGUUUAUCACCAAUUCACUCAAGAAGUAUGUUUUUGGGGCCUAGCAAUUAGCGCAUGUUUUUGUAGUCGUGCAGCUGAUUUUGAUACGCAGGCAUGAACCUUCGAACGUAAACUAGGCUCGCUGUAUAUAAACCUUCAAGUAUUGCAAAUUCACGUUUAUUUCUUACGCC